UCUCCAGUCAGACCAUUGAGACCCUCUACACAACAUGGAUACCUCCUCAGUUCCUAUGCUCAACUACGGCCUGCAGUACCAGUGGUGCUCCGACUCUGACCUCUCUAGCAUGUCUUCUUCAGAAACCCUCUCUCCUGUCCCCUCUAUGGACUCCAGCCUUUCUCCUUCCUACCAGCAGCUUCCACAGUCCACUCCUAAGGCAGCUAAGACAGGAUAUUCCCAGACUUUCAAAUCCUCACCGUGCUCCCUGUCUGGACGAGGCCGGAAAACGGGCCGAGCCACCCGGAUCCGCAGCAAGCAGAGGGAGAGCGCCAGCGAGAAGGAGAAGAUGAGGAUGAGGGAUCUGACAAAGGCUUUGCAUCACCUCAGGUCCUACCUCCCGCCCUCGGUGGCGCCUGCCGGACAAACUCUGACAAAGAUAGAGACCCUCCGACUCACCAUCCGCUACAUCUCCUACCUGUCGGCCCAGCUGGGCCUCAGCGAGGAGGCGCUGUUUCAGAGGAGGGAGCAGGGAGACACCUCGGCCAGUGACACCUCCUCACCUGACAUCCUCAGCUACUUCCAGCAUGGCUCCAUGGAAGUGCAGGAGGCCCAGCUGCAGAACCAGAGCCUGAACCAGGGCCUGUACUCAGCCCAGUAUCACAGCCAGAACACCAUGCUGCAUUCUGGGAGCUGUAGCUUUGGAAUGGAUCAGUACAUUGAAACUCCUCAGAGAGACAUGUGCUUGGAUACCAUCCUGCAGUCACCUCCAGCAACACAGCCCUCCUGUCAGAUGUGUGGCAAAGACUUCUGCAUGCCGUUGGUUCCCAGAGAGUAUUGGGGUUAAACACUCCAGCACUGUUCCAUCAACAUCCAACAACAGACACAAACUACUUCUCUGUUUUUACUGCCUCACUGUGAAACAAGUAAUUUAUUUGAAAUGUAUAUGCUUUUCUACAAUUUAUUUAUUUUGUACUGUGAAAUGUCCCAUGUAAAUAUUCAUAUGUCACAAUUAUUUUUAUAUUUCUUUAUACCACUAUUUAUAAUAAAAUAUUAAAAUGUC